CUCUGAAGGGAUCGAGCCAGUUCAGGCCAGCCUGUCGCUCUUUCUCUCCUUCUCUCCUUUUCUUUUUCCCUCUCACUCUCUCUCUUCCUGUCCUGUCUGUUUAAGGAGAGAGAGCUUGGGAAAUUCCUUCAAGCUACUUUACUUCAGGUUUCUGUGGGAUUUAAACAUGCACACUGAGGUUUUGGUGCAGUCCAUGUUAGUGCCGGUGUUGCUGAUUCUGCUCUCUGCCGUGGAGGACACUUUGUUGCAAUCGGUGAGCCAGGCGGGUGGCGUGUGUCGACUGUCGACAGAGUCAUCCGUGCGCCGCUGCCGCACACCUGACGGCAAGAUAUGCAGUGGGAGGGGAAGGUGUGACUGCGGAGUCUGCAUCUGCCUGGCCACCGAACCAGGGAAGUUCUACGGGCCCCGCUGCGAGUGCCACGACUGGGUCUGUGCUGCACAUAAUGGGAAAACCUGCAAUGACCGCGGCUACUGUGACUGUGGGAUGUGUGAGUGUGAUGACGACUGGUUCGGAGACGCCUGCCAGUUCCAGGAAGAGUGUAACCUCCCCAGCAAGAAGAGCAAAGAGCUCUGCAAGAACCCACAGGGGGUGGUCUGCUCCAACAGAGGAACCUGUCACUGUGGAAGCUGCAUGUGCAACGAUGAGGAGAACAGGGGUCUGGUGAGCGGACGUUUCUGUGAGUGCGAUGACAGCGAGUGUCUGGAUGAGGACACCGGAGAGGUGUGUGGAGGCCACGGCCAGUGUUACUGUGGAAACUGUUACUGCGCUGCUGGUUGGCAUGGAGACAAAUGUGAAUUCCAGUGUGAUAUCAGCCCAUGGGAAAGCAAACGGCGAUGCACAUCUCCAGAUGGCAAAAUCUGCAGCAACAGAGGGACCUGUGUGUGUGGUGAGUGUACCUGUCAUGACGUAGAUCCCUCUGGUGACUGGGGAGAUAUUCAUGGAGACACCUGCGAGUGCGACGAGAGGAACUGUCAUGCAACCUACGACCGAUACACGGAUGACUUCUGCUCUGGUCACGGCCAGUGUAAUUGCGGCAGGUGCGACUGCAAGGAGGGAUGGGCGGGCAGGAAGUGCGAGCAUCCGCUGUCUUGCUCCUUGUCUCUGGAGAGCAGUCUGAGGAAGUGUCGAGGAACGUCCAAUUUGCCCUGCUUCGGACGAGGUCAGUGUCAGUGUGGACAGUGUACCUGUCAUCCACCUGGGGACAGUCGUGUUCAUGGCAAAAACUGUGAGUGUGACAACCGUCAGUGCGAGGACAUCAGUGGAGAGGUCUGUGGAGGUCACGGUUACUGUUCAUGCGGACGCUGCAUCUGCAAGGACGGCUGGUUCGGGAAGCUGUGCCAGUUCCCCAGGUCUUGUGAUAUGAAUGACGCCCAGAGCAAGGAGCUGUGUGAGACGUCAGACGGAGUCAUGUGCAGUGGAAAAGCCUCCCUUCUCUUCUCACAUCUUCUCACAGGGAACGGCUUGUGCAACUGCGGCAACUGCGAGUGCUGGGACGGCUGGACAGGGAACGCUUGCGAAAUCUGGGUGGGAGCAGAGUACUGAGGAGAGCGAGGGGGGCGAGUGGGGUUUAGAGACGAGAGGCCUGGCUGCCCGGAGCGACCAGGAACGCCGCCGCCAUCUACAACCACGACCAGGCUGGUCAAACACCACGGCCUGGAAACCGCAGGAGGAGCGAGAAGAUAUAAAACAUGGAUGUUGUUCUGUGUGUGGCGAAGAGCGUUCAUUCAUUUAUUGUACUGGUUACAAAUGAUCCUUAUUAAACUGGACUUUUGUAAAGGUGGAAAGAAACAACCAUAUCUUUUUCUGUUUAAAAUAUAUUACAGCUUUAUGUAUGUUUUGUGUAAUAAUGUAGGAACAGUCUUAUAUUCUAAAUGGCUGCACACUAUACAGGUAGAUGACAAAACUAUAUGUUCUUUUAUUAAGGUGACGUGUGGGACACUGCAGGGGAUAAUGUGAUGUCUGUUUUUGACUGAUAUACAGUGAAGUGUUAAAUUGGACUGAAAAGUGAAAGCUCCAGGCAGAGGUUACUGUUUUAGGUUUUUAUUUCUUUUUUUUAAUAAUAAAACAUUAAAUGUGCCGCAUGACACAACAUUUUGCAUGGAAAACAAUGCGAAGACCUUAAUCAUACAUGGUUACAAAUUUGUUAUAACAUGACAUAACUCCAAUGGGCAUACUUGCAAUGGUAUAUAUAUAUAUUUUUGAAAAUAAAAUCAUUUUUAAUAGUG